AAGAAAUUCAUCUGUCCUUUUACAGGCAAGGGUGUUGCAUCUGAGAACAACUAUGGGGUGGAAAAUACUUCCCAUCUGCUUGUCGCUGCUGCUUCCUGUUUUCUUGAUUCAAGAAGUUUCAUCUCAAGAUAUAUCAAGCUGUGCAGGGAGAUGUGGGGAAGGGUACUCUAGAGAUGCCACCUGCAACUGUGACUAUAACUGUCAACACUACAUGGAGUGCUGUCCUGACUUCAAGAAAGUCUGCACUACAGAGCUCUCCUGCAAAGGCCGCUGCUUUGAGUCCUUCGCACGAGGGAGGGAGUGUGACUGCGACUCCCAGUGUAAAAAGUAUGGCAAGUGCUGUGCAGAUUACGAGACUUUCUGUGAAGAAGUGCAUAAUCCCACAUCACCACCUCCAAAGACUGCACCUCCGCCUCCAGGAGCAUCUCACACCGUCAAAUCAACCACCAAACGCUCACCCAAAUCACCAAAAAAGAAGACUAAGAAAGUUGUAGAAUCAGAGGAAAUAACAGAAGUAAAAGAUAACAAGAAAAACACCCCUAAAAAGGAUCCUACUCCAGAACCACCAGUUGUAGAUGAAGCUGGAAGUGGACUGGAUAAUGCUGAGUCCAAGCUCACCCCAACUCCUGAUACUCCUACUACUCCACACAAUAAGGUUACCACAUCUCCCAAGACUACAGCAGCAAAACCAGUAAGUCCUGAACCCAGCCUUGCACCCAAUUCUGAGACAUCCAAAGAGGCAUCUUCAGCUUCCAAUAAAGAGACAACAGUAGAAACGAAGGAGAGUACCGCAACAAAUAAACAGAAUUCUGCCAGUAAAAAAGAGAAGACUACUAAAGAGAUACGAAGUGCAGAGAAAACAUCUGCUAAAGAUGUUGUGCCUACAUCUGAUGUUCCUACACCUAGCAUCCCCAAGAACUCAGCUCCCACAACCACCAAAAAGCCUGUAACAACAACCAAAGAACCAGCUCCUACCACCACCAAGGAACCUGAACCCACCACCCCCAAGGAGCCAGCUCCUACCACCAAGAAGCCUGAACCCACCACCAAGAAGCCUGAACCCACCACCACCAAGAAGCCUGAACCCACCACCCCAAAGGAGCCUGAACCUACCACCAAGAAGCCUGAACCCACUCCCCCCAAGGAGCCUGAACCUACCACCAAGAAGCCUGAACCUACCACCCCAAAGGAGCCUGAACCUACCACCAAGAAGCCUGAACCCACCACCAAGGAGCCUGAACCCACUCCCCCCAAGGAGCCUGAACCUACCACCAAGAAGCCUGAACCCACCCCCAAGGAGCCUGAACCUACCACCCCCAAGGAGCCUGAACCUACCACCCCCAAGGAGCCUGAACCCACUACCCCCAAGAAGCCUGAACCUACCACCCCCAAGAAGCCUGAACCCACCACCCCCAAGGAGCCUGAACCCACCACCUCAAAGGAGCCUGAACCCACCACCCCCAAGAAGCCUGAACCUACCCCCAAGAAGCCUGAACCCACCAUCCCCAAGGAGCCUGAACCCACCAACCCAAAGGAGCCUGAACCCACCAGCCCAAAGGAGCCUGAACCCACCCCCAAGAAGCCUGAACCCACCACCCCCAAGAAGCCUGAGCCCACCACCAAGGAGCCUGAACCCACCACCCCCAAGGAGCCAGCUCCUACCUCCAAGGAGCCUGAACCCACCCCCAAAAAGCCUGAACCCACCCCCAAGGAGUCUGAACCCACCACCCCCAAGAAGACUGAACCCACCACCCCCAAGGAGAAUGAACCCACCACCUCCAAGGAGCCUGAACCCACCAUCCCCAAGGAGAAUGAACCCACCACCCCCAAGAAGCCUGAGCCUAUCACUAAGGAGCCUGAACCCACCACCCCCAAGACUCCUGCUAAAGUAACUCCUGAGUUUGCUGAAGCACUCACACCAAAGGCUCUUGAAAACAAUCCCAAGGAGCCCACUGUACCAACAACCAAGACUCCUGAUGUAAGCAAACCUGAGAUGACUACAAAAGCUAAUGAGAAGACCACCAAAAAAGAUACACCCCAAACUACAACUGUUGCCCCUAAGAGGACAGCAGAGACAACAGUCACACCAGAAAAGACUACUGAAUCAAAAGCAAGUACCACACAAAUAACACCUACAACGCAAGAGACUACAUCACCCAAAAGUACUACUCUGAAAGCAACAACUAUCGCACCUAAAGAAACUGCUCCAACGGAAGAGACUCUGAACAAACCUCAAGAAACAACUACUGCAUCAGAAAAUUCUGAUGAUUCUAAGACAACUGUGAAACCACAGAAACCAACCAAGGCACCCAAAAAGCCCAUGCCUACCAAAAAGCCAACCAAAGCACCCAAGAAGCCCACCUCUACCAAAAAGCCAAAGACACCAAAGGUGAGAAAACCCAAAACUACACCCUCUCCUCUAAAGACGACUUCAACAAUGCCUGAAUUGAAUCCCACCCCUCUAGAAGUUGUGCUGCCAACCACCACCAGCCCUAAACAAACUCCAAACUCAGAAACAGCUGAAGUAAAUCCAGAUCAAGAAGAUGCGCAUGGAGGUGAAGGAGAAAAACCUCUCAUGAUUCCCAGGCCUCCUGUGCUGACCCCCAUUGUUAUUCCAGGCACUGAUUACUUUCCCGGGGCAUUCAACCACGGCAGCAACAUCAAUCCCGUUCUCUCAGAUGAGACCAAUUUAUGCAAUGGUAAGCCAGUGGAUGGACUGACUACUUUGCGUAAUGGGACAUUAGUUGCAUUUCGAGGUCAUUAUUUCUGGAUGCUGAAUCCGUUCAGACCACCAUCUCCACCCCGCAGAAUUACAGAAGUCUGGGGUAUUCCAUCCCCUAUCGACACUGUCUUCACUAGAUGCAACUGUGAAGGAAAAACUUUUUUCUUUAAGGACUCUCAGUACUGGCGAUUCACCAAUGAUGUCCAAGAUGCUGGGUAUCCUAAACAAAUUGUCAAAGGCUUUGGAGGACUGACAGGGAAGAUAGUGGCAGCUCUUUCAAUAGCCAAAUACAAGGACAGGCCUGAAUCUGUGUACUUCUUCAAGAGAGGUGGCAACAUCCAGCAGUACACUUACAAACAAGAGCCCACGAGAAAGUGCACCGGAAGAAGGCCUGCUAUCAACUACUCAGUGUAUGGGGAGGCAGCGCAGGUCAGGCGGCGCCGCUUUGAACGUGCUGUUGGACCUUUCCAGACACACACCAUCAGAAUCCAUUACCCAACGCCCAUCAGAGUCACUUACCAAGACAAGGGUUUCCUCCACAAUGAAGUCAAAGUGAGCACAAUGUGGAGAGGGUUUCCAAGUGUUGUUACCUCAGCAAUAACACUGCCUAACAUUAGAAAACCCGACGGCUAUGAUUAUUAUGCCUUUUCUAAAGAUCAAUACUAUAACAUCGAUGUGCCUACUAGAACAGCAAGAGCAAUUACUACUCGUUCUGGGCAGACCCUCUCCAAAAUCUGGUACAACUGUCCUUAGACUGAUGGGCAAAGAAGAGUCAUCAAAAUGAAAUGAAGAAAACACUGAUAAAUCUUGACAUUGAAAUACAUUUUAUUAAUAAAGAAUGUUGAAAUGAGCAUACCUAUUUAAAUACAAAA